CUAGCGCCACUAUCAAAUCAAACCGCAACAGUUUCGGUUAACCGCAGACUUUUAGUAAGAAAUAAUUAAUUAUGAAGCAAAUUGAGGAGAUGAAACAUCUAGGAUAUGUCGGAAAUGUCCGACAAAAGAACAAAACAUUCGAUGAAGAGCUAUACACAACAUACGCAUCAGAACUAACUCUGGCGGAAAAACAAAACAGAAGCAAGCGGCAGGUCAAUACCUCAACAGGGAAGACAAAAGAGACAAAAGAAACAGGAAAAACCAAUGUCAAGACUACGAUUUGGUUCAUUGGGUUUUUGGCCACCGUAGCAUUUUUCAUCAACUCAAAGACUGGACGAGAAAACAUUAAAAGGGUUGUUACAGACUGCGGAAGGCCAACGCCGAUACAGUUUGGAUCGACUAUUGUAAAUGAACAUGAGGGAACAAAGUACGGAUCAAAGGCGUCUGUCGUCUGCUCAACAGGGUUUACAAGUUCGAAGCCUGAAACAGAAUGCCUAGCCAACGGAAAGUGGUCACCAGUUUAUUGCCACGUGACUGACUGUGGUAAAACAUUACCAGCUGUUAAAAACGGUCAUCUAACAAUUAACAAGGAGCAGGACACUACGUAUGGGGCCAUGGCAACGGUGACAUGUGCUCCCGGAUAUCAACGGAAUAAACAUACAGUUUCUUGUCAGGCUGACGGAGUUUGGGAAGAAGCAUUGUGCCAGCCAGUUAACUGUGGUAUUCCUGAAAUCGAACAUGGCCAUCUAGAAAUGGACAGUACUGUGUAUUUGUCACAAGCAUAUGUGAAAUGUGAUCCAGGUUAUGCCCCCAGGCAGCCAACAGUUACAUGUUCAGCUUCCAGGGUGUGGCAGAAUGCCCACUGCUACAAUGUAGACGAUUGUUUGCCCAAUCCAUGCCUCAAUGGGGGUGAAUGCGUAGAUAAAAUCGCUGACUUUACUUGCCAAUGUAAGCAGUGGUACUCGGGCAAAACAUGUGAGAUCAAUAACCAUCCAUGUGCCAACCACCAGUGUAGAAAUGGAGGUACGUGCAACGUUUUGCCUAAUGGCGGUUACUCAUGCACGUGUCCCCGAGGCAUUGACGGAUUAUUUUGCGAGAGUCCUCAUCACUGAUAAUCUAGAGAAACUCGUGCAAAUCUGAAAAACUAAAAAAAUUGGACAACUAAGAGAUGAAAAACAUCAGAGGAAUUCUUUCAAUAGAACGAAUAUCCGCUCUUCAUUACUUCCGGUUAAGAGGGGUUGUUUGUUCACAUAACGCGAAGACAGUUUCUUGCUUUUCUAGUUACACAGCACUCCUUAGAUAUGGCAUAUGUCUAAUUGUCAAUGAUUGGAAUGAUCAGUUUAAUAGAUAAAAUGUGUAUUACCUAAAUCAUUUUUAACCAGUGAGCUGAACCAGUCAGUUUAUGAUUAAGUAAGGGGAAUAAAUAUACUAGGUUUACGACUGAUAUUAGAAUGCAUUUAUGUACCUGGACUAGUCUCUUAGACUAUCAGUAUAAAUAAAUAAAUAAAUAAAUGUUAACGAUAACAGUUAGCAUUGGAAGUCGUUUGCAUACAGAACAUAGUAAGCAAUGGACGUCGUUCGCAUACAGAACAUAGUUAGCCUGGGACGUCGUUGGCAUACAGAACAUAGUUAGCCAUGCAUGUACGUCGUUCGCAUACAUAACAUAGUUAGCCAUAGAAGUCGUUCGCGUACGGAACAUAGUUAUCCGUGGACGUCAUUCGCAUACAGAACAUGGUUAGCCGUGGACGUCGUUUGCAUACAUAACAAAGUUAGGCAUGGAAGUCGUUCGCAUACAGAACAUAAAUAGCCAUGGACGUCGUUUGCAUGCAUAACAUAGUUAGCCAUGGAAGUCGUUCGCAUACAGAAGAUAGUUUGCCAUGGACGUCGAUCGCAUACAGAACAUAGUUAGCCAUGGAAGUCGUUCGCAUACAGAAGAUAGUUUGCCAUGGACGUCGUUCGCAUACAGAACAUAGUUAGCCACGGAAGUCGUUCGCAUACAGAAGAUAGUUUGCCAUGGACGUCGUUCGCAUACAGAACAUAGUUAGCCAUGGGAGUCGUUCGCAUACAGAAGAUAGUUAGCCAUGGACGUCGUUCGCAUACAGAACAUAGUUAGCCAUGGAUGUCGUUUUCAUACAGAAGAUAGUUUGCCAUGGAACUUGUUUUCAUACAUAACAUAGAUAGCCAUGGAAGUUGUUCCUUAAUUAAACGUGUUGAUUCAGGUGUUGAUGUCAUACUUUUUAAAUGAAUAAUUUGUUCGAAUGUCAGUUAUUUUUCUGACAUUUUAUUAUUGUUUUCUUAACUCAUGACGCUCCAUUUUAAAGAGACGCAUUGCAAAGAUAAAAUUAAGCUUUGCAUGAUCAUUGUUAGAUUAUUGUUCCUUCUCCUGAGAAGGAACACUUAUGGUGAACAUGUCACACUUGACUGAGCAGGUAAUGGAUACAAGGGUAUCAUCAAAGGCAUCCGAAUUCCAGUCGGGCGCCGCCAUUUUGUACUCAUGCAUAUUCAUUACAAAUAGCCUCUUUGCCAAUGUGUUUUUGCGCAUCUUUAAGUCAAUCUUUAGUGAAAUACAACUACGUUUAUAAACAGACCUACAAAAAACCCAAUAAUUUAGUUUAAACUAGAGCUGUUUAACUCCUAAAUCUUGCAUGUCAUAUUGUAGAAUAGAGAUUAACUAACUGAAUAUUCAUCAUCUAGAAUUAGUCUCCCGUCCAAAAAUAUCGUCUACUAUUAUUCUUCUCGGUUGCAUUCUUUGCUGCUUCCAGAGGUUCUUUUUACGAUUUAUUUCAUACCAACUUUAUUAUUUUUACAUUUUAAGUAUUACCAUCAAAACAUACUGUACUAAUAAAGUUAUUCGAGAUUUUUACUUGUCUGUGAAUGCUAUUGCACGAUACGUACCGUCACCGGAAUGCAACAUUUCAAUUACUUCCCUUGUUUGUAUCAAGACCUGUAUAAUGCAUUUCUUCCUUUUACUGAGCUAUAAAUAUUUCAAACUUUGUAAUUUCUUGCAUUUUGAUUAAUUGUUUUGUAAUUUUCAAGUUGAGAACUUUUUGUACGCACUUUUUUCAAACCCAUUAGUUUGUUGGUGCCAACUUAUAUAAAAGCCCUUUUUCUCCUGGUUUAGUCGUUCUGGAGCUGUAACUAUCCAUUCAUGCAAUGCGUUUACCGGCAUUUGGCAAAUCUUUGCUGCCAUUGUAUUGCUAUUAAAAUAAGCAGGCAUUCGACCAAGUUCUGAUCUGUGCCACUAAGACAGCUGUCGACAUUGGUUCCCGAAAUUUUGACAGAGUGAUGGUAUUUAUUAUUCAUUCUCUGCUGAUCAUAUUUAGGUAGAAUCGCUCAUCUAAAGGUGUUUUCUUUAUUAUUCUAAGUGAAAUAAAUGUUUGUGUGAAAUAAUUUUAAGUAUUCUUAUAAUAAAUAGAUAAGAAUGCACGUAAAAAAGAAUAUUUAAUAUGCGCUAGAAGGAACCUUUUGGUAAGCAUAAUCUUGUUAUUAUAGUUAUUUUAGUACUAUUAUUAGUGCUUUUCAGGCACGUGACAAAUUGACCCGCUAGUCGCAUAUUUUGAUAUUAUUCAGUAUGUUUAUGUAUCUGUACUUACCCGUUUGUUUUUAUUCAUUUUGCUGAUAACUGUUUUCAUUUACUAGCUUUUUUUUUGGUAAUGUAUUUCAUAUUUGUGCUCAUGGCUGCAUAUUACCUUGUAACCGUUUCUUUAUUGUUUUCAAAUAACUGCAUUUUUUGUGAAACUAACAAAAAAUGUUUUAAUUGUUUUGUUAUGUUUUUGUAAAUAGGGCAGUUGUAACGUACAUUUACCUAAACGAUUACACGAGUUUUCACUGUUGUUGUUUUUAUGUUAAAAAAUAAAAACAGUUCGAAGUA